AUAUCACAGAGAGCUUCUCUUCGAGCUGGUAUCAUCAAUGACCGAUUAGGUUUUUCCUCGUAAUGUUAGACAUCGACAUCUUCAACUAGAAAAACGAUGUCGUUUUGGUACAGAAUCAACCAACCAAAGCUGAAAUGGCAAACCCUAACUCGCCAAUUCAAGCGGUGUUACCUCCAAAUUCCUCAUGCUCAUUCGCUGAAUAACACUCCUCAUCAAACAAUUCGAGGGUUUGAGAAUCCAUGUUGGGUUAAUCGUAGAAACCCAUCCGAUUUUUGUUACAAUGUUAGGUUUUUCGCAGCCCCGGUUCAGGCCAAGCCGAAGCAGGAAGAGAAGGACGCAAGCGGGCCUCGAAUGAAUGAGCAAAUCAGGGCUGAUUUUGUUCGGCUUGUGAUCGAUGAUGGGCAUGAGAUUGUCUCAAGGAUGGUAGCACUGGAGCGAGCAAGGAAACUCAAGCUUGAUUUAGUUGAGGUUCAACGAAAGGCUGAACCACCUGUUUGUAAAAUCAUGGACUUCCAUAAAGAAAAGUACAAACAGCAAAUAAAGGAAAAGGACCGUGCAAAAAGCAAGUCUGAGUUGACUUUACGGAAAGGAGAUUGCAAGGAAGUUCGAUUUUCUGGGAAAACUGAAGCAAAAGACCUUAAGAUGAAAGCUGAUAUGGUUAAGAGAUUGAUGGAUCGUGGUUAUCGAGUGAAGUGUAUGGCCAUGGGUACUGAAGAUCAAGACUUGGGGGGAUUGUUAACUCGUCUGUCUAGUUUGAUUGAAGAUGUUUGUUUUGUGGAAAGUGGACCAAGGGUAGAGAAAAGACAGGCAUAUGUAAUAGUUAGGCAUAUCAAGUUUGGUCCAUCAAAGAAAGGCUCCGGAAAAAAGGCUUCCAAGGUUGUUGGUGUUACUAGCUCUGAGGCUGCUACUAUGUCCCCAACCAUCAGCCCAACCAUUAAUCCUUCUAGUUAUGUUGAAAGCCCCAUACAGCUUGAAGAAGAAUCAGACACGGCAGAAUCUGAUCUGGAAAAUGAGGAUGAGGUCCUUUCUGAUGAAGCAGACACACCUAUAUCCCCUUCUAUGAGAAUGGCAGAUAAAAAUCUUGAAGAUAACAAAGCUACUUGGUCAGCUUUUGAUGCAAAUGAUGACUUUGACAAAGUAUUCGAUUUUACCAAUGAUGCAAACCCUUCAAAUUCUACUGAUAAACAAAUGAAUGCUAAGCUAGAAACAUCCUCCUCUCUUGAAAAUAUUAAUCUCUCUGACACUAUGCAUGGCCCCAGACCAGUCCUUGAUUCUACCAGAACGAACUCGGUUCCAUCCUCCCUAACUGAGCCUCCACCUGAAACUCUGAAUAGGUACAGAAAAAGUGAACCAAGGAACAGGUUUAUGCCAACAACAUCCAUGGAUAAUAAGGGCCCAGGUGCAACAAACUCACUGAGGUUAGGACCCCAGUUUCUAAACCAAGGAAAGCAAGCACGAUCUGAUACAAAUUCCUCACCUUCAACAGGAAGAACAAGGCAGGAUGGAACUGAUGCUUCUGUGUUCAGAAACUUGAAGCUUCCACUGCAUGAGAUUCCCAUGCAAGAACCAUCUCGGCCUCCAAGCUCUCCACGACCUAGUUACGGGGACUUUAGUGCCCCAAAAGCUGAAGCUCCUGGGAAGCUAGAUCCAUCUGCAAACUCGGCAAGGUCAGAACCUCGGUUACCAAAUCAAGGAAAGCAGUCAUGGUCUGAUUUAAAUUUCGUGCCCUCAACAGGGGGAACCAAGCAAGUUCCAGCUGAUACUUCUGUAUCCAGAAACUCGAAGCCUCCCACAAAUGACGGUCCCAAGCCAGAACAGUCUCAUCCUGUGCCUCCAAGCUCCCCGACAUCAAGUUACGGGAUUUUCAGUGCUUCAAAAGCUACUGCUCCUGGGAAACAAGGCAUGUCAUCAGAAGUUAACAGGAACAAAGAAGGAAACCCAUCUGAAUCUGCAAGAAAUCCCAGUGCAGGAGGCGUCUUCAAUGCGAACUUCCCUUCAAAAUCCGAUGGCAGCCAGAGAGGAGCUGUCAAUCAGGAUGGACAAGGAGGAUGGGGAAUGUUCAGUAGAGAGGGCUCAAAAGUCAUCCCAAGCAGGACUUCUGAAAGUGAAGCAAAGGUGCAAAGAUGAUAGACAUAACAACCCUUGUUUUCUAGCCAAAUAUCCAACUCUGUGCUACCAAUAAUACUGGGGAGUCCCUAGAUUUGGGCAGCUGUGUUCCCUUCAUCAGAUGAAACCAUUACAUUUUUCUGAUUCAGAUGUGUACUGCAUAAGCAUGCCCUGUAAUUUUAAAAAAUUGCAGAAAUUUUCCAAUGUUUCUGCAUAAUAUUUAUUGAUUCCUUUAUGUAGACUAGAUUCUUGAAUCAAUAUAUCUCUCAUUUGCCCUC